UUCGUUCGCUGACGCUAGGUUCCGUUAGAUUCUAACGAGUUCCUGACGGUUGUAGUUAUUCCCUUGGAACUUUUUCUUGUCGCUAAUUAGAUAGCUAUCGAAAGCUCGCGCGGGAAGCGGGUGGCUAUCGUAGGACGAUGAACGUCAAAGACAGCAGCGACGAGGACGAAUCGCACGAUAUUUCAGCGUUCGCCAAGUUCGACGAGACAAUCGAAGUGCGUAACGCCGAGGAGAUAAAGAGCCCGGUUAGCCGUAGGCCAGCGAGCUCGAGGAGGCCGAGGCAAACACCAAAAGUGGAGAGUUUGAAUUCUAUGGGGAUAAAUUCCCCGCGAGAGAAGCUGAACUUUCGAAGAUACUCCGACAAUGACAAUAGCAUUGGAAAGUCAUUGGGAAUCAGCAGUGAUCCCUCUGACAGCGAAGAAAGCGACGAUGACGACAUACAGGGGACGAAUAACGCGCAGCCGAUAGAAGUAUACAAUCCUAAGGACUUCGAGAACUUGGACGUGUCGAUGGAAGUGAAGGAACUGUUCCAAAACAUAAUAAGGUACACGCCACAGAAGGUGGAGCUGAACUACAAGCUGAUACCGUUUAUCCCUGACUACAUCCCUGCGGUAGGCGACAUAGACGCCUUCAUAAAAAUUCCCAGGCCGGAUGGAGUGGAGGACAAAAUAGGAUUGACCGUUCUGGACGAACCGUGCACCAAUCAAUCGGACCCAGCCGUGUUGCAUCUCCAGUUACGCAGUCACAUGAGAAGUGCAGGUGCAGCCAGGCAGACGGUAGUGAAGCGAAUCGAGGACGCCGAGAAGAACGUAAAGUCCAUCGACAAGUGGAUCGACGACAUCAAUCAGCUUCACAGGAGCAAGCAUCCACCGGAUGUUCAUCUGACGAAACCUAUGCCCGAUAUCGACGCUUUGCUCCAACAGUGGCCAGCUGAGGUCGAAGAGAAACUGAACGAAAUGGACUUAGAUUUCGCGCAACUGGACUGCGAGCUACCGCAACUCGUCGACGUUGUUUGCAACCUCUUGGACAUUCCUGCCAAGGAGGGCUCGAGGUUGGAAGCGCUUCACACGCUCUUCACGCUUUACUUGGAAGUACGAAACGCUAGAGCUCACAAGUAUUGAAACACCAAAGAAAUGAAAUGAAUAAGAAUCGCGUUGUUCUUUUUUCUUAAAAAUUGUAACCCCCGAAUGGGGCGCCAGGAUAAUCUUGCCCGGGGCGCCGAUAUUGCUAAAACCGGCACUGAGUGGAGAUAGCAAAUGCGAAGAAAGAGGCAAUCGUCAAUUCGUCAGCGUUCAUCGUCGAUUUAGGUCUUAUCGUUAGUGCUGACCAUAGUCUCGACAAUGCACAGAGCACAGUUAUUAUUAUCACUGAUGAAAUAAUUAUUUUCUGACUCAUAGAUUGUCGUAAUUAAUGAUACCAUAAUCAGAGUCGACUGCCAUUCAGACGUACCCUUGUUAUGCCAUACGCUUUGUCAGUUAAACAAAAAGUUAAGAAAAAAAAGAACGUAAAGAAUGCUGCGAUUAAAACAAUAACAAUUACAUAAUAUACCAGUGUCCCCCUAUUGAAAGAAAACAUUUAUGAAAUACUGUAGCAUCUCGUACGUACAAGGAAAUAAUAAUUUUAUCUUGCGUUUCCUAUUCUACGAAUUCGUAAUAAAACGGUAUGGUUGCGUAUUUCGAACAAGAAAAAAAUCGUUUACGCAGCUGAAAAUCCCCAAGUAUUCCUUCUGCAACUGAACACCAUUCCUGCUACGAAUGCAAUUAUAUCUCGUAAUCGUAUCCAUUAUAAAUGAUCCAUUCAGACCUAAUAAAGCCAAUCUGGAUACGUAUUAUCUGCAAACUUUCUUGAUAAAGAACGCUUGCACGUUUUGUUAUCGAUGAGACUUCCGGAAUCGCGUACUUGUUCUCAACCUUCCGUCUCUGUCGCUUUUAUUCACAGAUACGUUCUCGAUAAUAAACGAAUA